CGGGGAGGAAAUGACGUAGCGGAGGGCGGGCCUCUCCGCGCACAAUGGGCCAUGGAGUUCCCGUUCGAUGUGGACGCGCUGCUCCCCGAGCGGAUCACGGUGCUGGAUCAGCACCUGCGGCCCCCGGCCCGCCGACCCGGAACCACAGCGACGGCCCGUGUUGAUCAGCAGCAGCAAAUUAUGACCAUUGUAGAUGAAUUGGGGAAGGCUUCUGCCAAGGCCCAGCAUCUUCCUGCUCCCAUCACCAGUGCUUCCAGGAUGCAGAGUAACCGCCAUGUUAUGUAUGUGCUCAAAGACACUUCAGCACGACCGACUGGAAGAGGAGCUAUUAUUGGCUUCCUCAAAGUUGGAUACAAGAAACUCUUUGUACUGGAUGAUCGUGAAGCUCACAAUGAGGUAGAACCACUUUGUAUCCUGGACUUUUACAUUCACGAGUCACUUCAACGCCAUGGCCAUGGACAAGAACUCUUCCAGUAUAUGUUGCAGAAAGAGCGAGUUGAACCACACCAGCUGGCCAUUGACCGACCCUCACAGAAGCUGCUGAAGUUUCUGAAUAAACACUACAACCUGGAAACCACAGUUCCACAGGUCAACAACUUUGUGAUAUUCGAAGGCUUUUUUGCUCAUCAGCAUCGGCCCCCUGCUCCCUCUCUGAGGGCAUCUCGUCACUCUCGCUCUGCUGUGGUUGAUCCUACACCCGCUGCUCCAGCCAGGAAGCUGCCACCCAAGAGAGCAGAGGGAGAUAUUAAGCCAUACUCCUCUAGUGAUCGAGAAUUCCUGAAGGUAGCCGUGGAGCCUCCUUGGCCCCUAAACAGGGCCCCUCGUCGUGCUACACCUCAAGCCCAUCCACCUCCCCGCUCCAGCAGCCUGGGGAACUCACCAGAAAGGGGUCCCCUCCGCCCUUUUGUGCCAGAGCAAGAGCUGCUACGUUCCCUGCGCCUCUGCCCCCCACACCCCACUGCCCGCCUUCUGCUGGCUACCGACCCUGGGGGCAGCCCAACCCAACGUCGACGUACCAGUUCCCUUCCCCGCUCUGAUGACAGUCGAUAUUGACAGAUAAGCCUCUCUCCUCCCUGUGAAUUUCGGUGGGCAGAGACCCUCUUCCUGAGGACCCCACACCCCUUCUUCUAUUGCAUUCCCCAGGAUCCAGUGGAACUUGACAGAGCCUGUAGAUUUCCCUCUUUUGAUUUUUUUGGACAACCCGGUUUUCAGAGAACCACAUGGCCUAAUACUUUGUAACUUUUCCUAGGAUAGAAAGCACCCUUUCUCUCCUAACUUGGCCUUUGAACACUUCCACAGACAGCCAAAUUUGCUGUCAGACCCCAUGGCUGGGCAGCUCAUACUAAUUAUCCAGAGAAGCACACUCUUGCUUGCUUGCUAUUAGACUCUAGAACAUCAUGGAAGGUCCCAAGGGCCUCCUCUUGUCAGGGAAACUAUCCAAGGAGUCGUAUCGAUGAAAUAAUACUCACAUUCCCUCUAUAGUAUCUACUGGUAGCUCUAAUACUGCUUUUGUGCUGCCUCCCACAUAUAACCUUCCAGUCUGCUGAUGCCAGCCAAUGAGCUCUGCUUCAGAGUAGUCCAGUUAGGUAGAACAGGGAUGUCCACAGGUCCCCAAAGGGAUUCAUUCAACAUUGCCAAACGUUUAAUUUCCACAUGGUUUGUGUAUGUGUGUAUGUCAGGGAACUCCCAAACUGAUGUUUGCUUUGAGACUGUAAGUAUGUAUACCACCAUUUCUCCCAGAUCCAGAUUUUUUUUAGUGUUUAUUAAUGAGAGUGGAGAACCAGAGCAUCACUCUGGCACAUGUAAUGCCAGGGAUUGAACCUAGGACCUCAUACCUGUGAGUCCAAUGCUGGGCCACCAGAUGGAGAUUCUGUGAAGGAAUUUGUUUCUUGACAGUAGAUCCCAGAAAUCAUGCACUAGAAUCUCUCUAAGCCAUGUUUCAGAAAAUAAAUCUGAGUCACAAGAAUCGAUUAGCUCCUGGAAUCUCCUUCUCACAUUCAUCCCUCUCCAGUAUAGCUAGAUGCUGAUAUAUUCUUAUCUUGUGAGAUUGUCUUGAGAUGAUGAAGUCUUUCUCUUGCCUUCCUUUUAUUUUUUUUUAAAGAUUUUAUUUAUUUUAUUAAUGAGAAAGAUAGGAGCAGAGAGAGAAAGAGCCAGACAUCACUCUGGUACAUGUGCUGCUGGGAAUUGAACUCA